CACCUACCCCCCCCCACCCCCCAACCCCCCACAUUCUCACCUCCCCAGGGACUGGUAACCAAGAGUCAUGGCUGCUCCAGUCCCCACAGAGGGUGUCACACUUCCAAACAAUAGCAGCAAGACAAUUCUGGUGCGCCAUCUUCCGUCUGAUUUAACACGAAGUGAGAAGGUGGAUUUGCUGAAGUAUUUUGGAGCAGUGUCUGUGCGAGUUUUAUCAGACAAAGGAAGACUGAAACAUACAGCUUUUGCUACUUUCCCGUCAAUUUAUGCAGCAGCAAAGGCCCUGACCAGACUGCAUCAGUUAAGAUUUCUGGGACACACUUUGGUGGUGGAAUAUGCAAAGGAACAGGAGCACAUUGAGCUACUGGAACCAGCUACUGAAAACAAACCUCAUGGUACAGAGAAGACUUCAGAUGAUAAAGAUAAGAAGCAGGAUCUGAAACCAAGAGUUCCAGUUAUUGAGGAUGUGAUUGCCAAGAGCCACGGGUUGACCUAUCCCAUGAACCCAUGCCUGAAGUAUCUGUAUCCACCACCAACCAGUGUCAUUCUGGCCAACAUUGCAAAUGCCAUGGCGAGUGUACCCAAGUUCUAUGUGCAGGUUCUGCACCUGAUGAACAAGAUGAAUCUGCCUGCUCCCUUUGGACCCAUCACAACUCGCCCUCCAAUGUACGAGGAGUACAUUCCCGCCCCUCCACCAAUGCCUCCACUGCCCCCAGAGGAACCACCACUGCCCGAAGAAGAGAUGGAUGUUUCAAGUGAGGAAGAAUCUGAGUAUGAAAGUGGAAGUGAGGAGGAUAAAGAAAGAAUGGUGCGAUUGAUGGGAUUGGCCUCUCUUCCACCAAAACAGACACAGAAGAGAAAGCGGGUAUCAGUCCGAAAACGACCGAGAUUAAAGGACCUGAUUAAUGUGCCAAAAGCACCUACCCAGAGCUCGCAUCCUGUGGUUCCACCAUCUGAAGUCUUUGACCAGCCGCAGCCUCACAGUCAAAAGAAAAUUGAAUUCCACAUCUCUGUCGAUGCUAGCAGUUUGUUGGAGGGAGGAGGUGAUCGUCGACCAGAGCCGCAACAGAAUUCUGAAGCUCAAAACUCAGGAUUUGGGAAAAUCCAACCAGCUCCUGUACGUUCAAAAAGUGAAAGUGAGGAGGAGGAAGAGGAAGAAAUUCCCUCUGAGUUCAUUUCCAGGAAAGAGUUGGCAAAAGGAAGGUUAUCGAGAGAUGAAAUGGAGACCGUUUCAUUGUUUAAGAAUUACAACCCAGGUGAACCAACCUGUCGCCUGUACGUAAAGAAUCUUUCCAAACAGGUCGAAGAGAAGGAUUUGAAGUUCAUCUUUGGCAGAUACGUUGAUUUCUCAUCGCAAACUGAGAGGAACAUGUUUGACAUCCGAUUGAUGAAAGAAGGAAGAAUGAAGGGGCAAGCCUUCGUUGGGCUUCCUAACGAGAGAGCUGCAGCCAAAGCCCUCAAAGAAGUCAAUGGGUUUCAGCUCAAAGAGAAACCAAUGGUGGUUCAAUUUGCCCGCUCUGCACGGCCAAAGCAAGAUUCAGCAGAAGGCAAGAGAGGCCAAGGGAAGUGAAGAUCAGAGGGUUGUAUGACCUGCCAUCCCUGGAAUCAGCCUGGUAAACCUUCGCUGUACUCCGAGAGCAAGACCAUCCUUCCUCAGAAAAGGAGACCAAAACUGCACACAAUAUUCCAGGUGUGGUUUCACCAAGGCCCUAUACAACAUAUCAGCAGAUCCUGGACUGCCUCCAGUGUCACAAUGAUUCCACCUGCAAACUGGCAGAGCAGCACCUCAUAUUCCGCCUUGGGGAGCCUACAGCCUGAUGGCCUAAAUGUGGAUUUUACCAGUUUCAAAAUCACCCCACCCCGGGCCUCCUCCCAUGUCCAAGCCUCCCUCUCAUCCCUGCCUCCUUGACCUGACACAGCCUGUCCAUCUUCUCUCCCUUGUAUCCGCUACUCCCACCUCACUGACCAAUCCCUACCACUCCCUACCUGCACUCGCCUAUCCCCAUGCCCACCCCUCCUAUCUCUAUUUCUGAGCUCCCUUCCCCCUCCUCCGUUUCUGAAAAAGGGUCUCAACCUGAAACGUCCGCUUUCCUGCUCUUCUGAUGCUGCCUGGCCUGCUGUGUUCCUCCAGCUCCACACACUGUUAUCUCUGACUCCAGCAUCUGCAGUUUUUAGUAUCUCUGAGCAGAUCCUUCUCUGCUGUUUUUCCACAUUUGUCCACCUUUCUCUCAAAUGUAUUGAUGCUGUUCCCAUCCACCACUUACCAUGGUAAUGAGUUCCGGUCUCCCCACUGAGUAAAGAGGUUUCUCCUGACUUCCCUGUUGGAUUUGUUAAGAUGGGUCUUAAUUAAUGGCCCUGAGUUCUGGUGUUUCCCACUAAUGGAAUUAUUUACUCCCUAUGUACUCAGACUCUUUCAGAAUUAUAUGGUUAUCAAUCAGAUCACCCCUCUGCUUUCUGUUUGCUGGAAAGAGCCCUCCAGCAUAUCCAGCCUUUGCUCAUAGUUUGGGCACUGUCCUGUUGCUUCUUGUACAGGAUGAAUGAAGAACUGUCUUGACCCGUGAAUAUCCUGAAUGUUUGAUUGUGCUUCUGGUAUCCUACUAUCACCGGGUUUAGAAAUGUUCAAGCUUGAGUUAAAGAGCCAGGAUGAGGGUAAACAGCACUGUUUCUGGAUGCCGAAUGUUGCCAUCUGAGUUCUGAUGAAGUGUUUGAUUAUAGCUCUCUGGGAAAAAUUGCAAAUCUGAGAGACGGUAGCCAGCACUAUAAGGAAGUCCUCGUUCCAUUUUUAAAAGCCACCAUCUUUGGGAUGCUGUUGAUGUUUUGUACCUUGGGAAAAUGUCAGUGUCUGCAGUCGGUUGUUGAAUUCUCGCUUUAAAUGAAUGUGUUCAAUGAAAAUAAAAGCUGGUGUCUCAGU